AGUUUAGUACUUGGAGGAAAGAGCUGCGGAUGCGGUGCCGUUAAGCUUAUGCGGAGCGAAAAAGAAAAAAAAAAUUGAUUUAAUUCAUAAUACAAUACCCUCAAAUAAAAUCAAAUGCGUUGUGUCUGAAAUGAAUUCCCACUUCCUUCUUCUUAAAACCUUCACUCACUACUUCUCCCCUCUUCUAAUCAACUUCAAUCCACCAUUAUAAUGGCUCAACAACAGGAAGAAGGGUGGCCGCUGGGGCUGCAGCCGGUGAAUGUAAGAGUUGGUGGGCUGGAUAGGAACCGUGAUCUCAAUGCCUCUCUCUCCUUCAACACUUUGCUCACCGCUUCCCCAAUCUCCUCCGACGAUUUCUCUUCUGAUCUUGAUACUCAGUCGACAGGUUCGUUCUUUCACGACAAGAGCAUCACUCUGGGGAGCCUGAUUGGCAUCUCGAGCAUCCUAGAGCUGUCGCGGAGAUCAAGGCGGGCACGAGCUCCCGAUGAGGCCGCCCGGAGCAAGAAGACGAGGACGUGGUUCCUCUCACUCUGCUCCAGGCUCAGCACCGAUGCAGUCAGCAUCAGCAACGCCCCCUCCCUCGCCCACCUGCUCGAAGCAGAGAGGAGAGGAGCUGCUGCUGCUGCUGCUGCUGUCGAUGAUUUCUCGCACGUCUCCAACCACAACUCGUUGUUCGUGGGCGGACAUGUGGCGCCGCCUCCUCGGCCCUCAUCGCCCUUCGCGAGGGACUUGCUCUCGCAUCAUAAUGCUCACGGCCCUCCAUUACUUCUCUCAUGUUUGUGCGCUCAUUCAUCAUCAAAUUAACUAGAUAUUCUUUUCUUGGAUAGUCGGAGUUAGUUUAUAUUGAUUGGCACACGGUGUUUGGAUCUAUCUGACUGAUUAAUAACAGCAGUUUCUUCAUUAAA